GACACUUCAAUGUGGGAGAAGCAAGAACAGCUUUGAGAAGGGUGGGAGCAGAAAUAAACAAAAAUUAAAGCAAAAUAAGCAAGAGAGAUAAGAGUCUCAGAUCUCUCUCUCUCUCUCUCUCUCCACGGUUCAACGCCUCAGCCCUCUCAAUCCAAUCCCCAGGUGCUCCCCUCCCAUUCCUCCCCAAGGUUCCUCUUCCUAUUCGGUUGUAUCGUCCAAUCUUUGCUUCACAAAGAAGAUAAGCUUAGCUAUUGUUUUUCCGCCCAAAUCUCGCCAAGAAAGGGGUAAAGGUUGAAGCUUUGUGCAGCACAAUCACCAUUGCUUAUCGUAUCCCUCUAAGAUCUCUCUACCCUAUCAAUAGAGAAGCAGUCAGAUUUUUCUUCCCUUUCGGUAACAAUUUUGUGUUCUUGGGGCUUUAGAUUGGGCGGAUUUUUCCUUCCAUUUUUGGUUGGGUUAGGCAUUGGGCCCUUCCCCUCCCCUUAUUUUUAGCACAAUUUGUUCUUGUAUUCUCUCGUGCCAAGAAUUUUUCAUCGUGUUCUUGGCUUGUUGGUCCAUCUUUGAUGCGCCAAGAGGCGAGAUGAACACGAAUUACUCGGCGCUUCCAUUGACCUCCCCCUCCAUCGAGCUCCAAUCCAACGGGGCCAAAUCCAGCGCCGUCGCCAAUGGAGUCCUCAACGGCCACGCCAAGAUCUCCAAGCAAGAUUCGUUCUUGGGCGAGGUGGAAGACGGCAGCGGCGUUGAGCACGACGAGCUGCCACUCAUCGGCCACGGUCCCGCCGGGCCGCCCGAGGGUUCCAGCGUGCACGCGGCGGUGUUCAACCUCGCGACCUCCAUCAUCGGGGCCGGCAUUAUGGCGCUCCCAGCCACCAUGAAGGUGCUUGGCGUCGCCGUUGGGCUCGUCUCGAUCCUGGUCAUGGGGGUCCUGUCCGAGAUCACCAUCGAGCUGCUGGUGAGGUUCUCGGCGUACUGCGGCGCGCUGUCGUACGGCGAGGUCGUGCACAGGGCGCUCGGCCGGCCGGCGAGUAUUUUGGCGCAGAUGUGCGUAAUCAUCAACAAUGCUGGGGUGCUCGUUGUGUACCUGAUCAUCAUCGGAGACGUGAUGUCCGGGUCGCUGAAGCACAUCGGCGUCGUGGACCAGUUGAUUGGCCAUGGCGAGUGGGAUAACCGGAGGCUGCUGAUCUUGGUGGUUCUUGUGAUCUUCCUUGCGCCAUUGUGCGCGUUAGAGAAGAUUGACUCACUGAGCUUGUCCUCCGCGGCAUCGGUUGCCCUUGCUGUCGUCUUUGUGGUCGUCUCCUGCAUCAUUGCGUUGAUCAAGAUCGCAGAGGGCAAGAUCAAUAUGCCAAGGAUGGGUCCAGAUUUCAGCUCAAGAGCGGCGAUGCUGGACUUGCUCGUGGUGAUACCGAUCAUGACGAACGCCUACAUCUGCCAUUUUAAUGUCCAGCCGAUCUACAACGAGCUUAAGGAGAAAACACCCCAGAACAUGUGCAAGAUUGGGAGGAUCAGCACAGUGCUAUGUGUUGUGGUGUAUGCCCUGACCGCCAUCUCAGGGUACCUCUUGUUCGGUGAUGACACAGAGUCCGAUGUGCUCACCAACUUCGACAAGGACCUUGGGAUCAGAUUCAGCUCGGUCCUCAACUACAUUGUCAGGAUUGGGUAUAUCAUCCACCUGGUCCUCGUCUUCCCGGUCGUCCACUUCUCGCUGAGGCAGACGGUGGACUCACUUAUCUUCGGAGAGCUGGCGACCCCUAGCAGGAAGAAGACGCUCACAUUGACAGUUGUGCUCUUGGCGCUCAUCUACCUCGGCUCGACGAUGAUACCCAACAUCUGGAUGGCCUUCAAGUUCACCGGGGCGACGACGGGGCUGGCUUUGGGGUUCAUGUUCCCUGCCCUGGUGUCAUUGAGGCUGGACAAGGAAGGGAGUCGCCUGGGGCACGGAGAGAGGCUCCUGUCACUUUGUCUGCUGGGGUUGGCCAUAAUCGUCAGUGUUAUCGGAGUUGCCGGAAAUGUAUACACCCUGAAGAGUAAGUCUGACUGAUCUCUCAAAUAUGAAAAGUUAGUAGCUAGGGUUAGAGGAAGCUUUACACUAUGACAUAUGGUGUGUCGCAACGACAGGCAUACAGAUCGUGUAAGGAUGGUCACUAUAUACACUGCUCAGCAAUGAUACUAUUUGAGAGAUCUCAGAAAAUUUUUGUUUACCUUCAGAGGUGCAACUGAACCGUUCUUGAGCGAAUUCUUUUUGUACUUUGGACCAGAUUCUUUGAUGUUUCAAUUUUCUUAUAUAUUCUUACAUGAGGGUCCUGGAGUCAGGUUUUGAUCAAGGCAAGACAUGAAGCUGGUUCUGUUGUAACGUGAGGAGAUUGCUUCUCAAUGACACGAAAGUUAGAUCUUGUUUGGAACACAUAAUUCCUAAAGAAAUUUCCUAUGAAACUGGAUGUUUCUAUCAUACAAAAUUAGUACAAAAUUUCCACGCUUCA